AUGAGCAGCAAUUCUCAGCUAAUCCAACAGAGACGCUCUGCGCUCGUCCUCUAUGGCUCCGAAACUGGCAAUUCUCAAGAGGUCGCCGAGGAGCUCGGCGCAUUAACCGAGCGGCUCCAUUUCAAGACCCAUGUUGCGGAAUUGAAUCAGUACAAGCCGGAACCACUCAAUUCGUACACGCUGGUGCUAUUUGUUGUUUCCACCACCGGGCAGGGCGAUUUUCCGGCUAAUGCGCGAUCGUUUUGGCGAUCGUUGUUGUUGAAGAAGCUCCCCGCGACGUUCUUGAGUGGGGUCAAUUUUGCGGCUUUCGGGUUGGGGGAUAGUUCCUAUCCGAAGUUUAAUUGGGCGGCUCGCAAGCUGCAUAAACGAUUGCUUCAGUUGGGCGCGGAGGAGAUACAUCCUUGCGGAGAGGCGGACCAGCAACAUCCCGAGGGGCUUCGGCAGGUGCCGAUACCGGACAACGUUCAGCUGCCUCCGAAAUGGGUCUUGCAACUACGAGAUGAUGGGGAGGAAUCCUUAACAUCGGAGCGAGCCGCAGGAUUUGAUGCAGGAGUCAAUGGAUCUUCUGAGCUGGACCGACUCGGUCAUGAUCUUCGGCCGCUGCCAGAUACGCUGACGGCGACCCUGACAGAGAAUAGGCGAGCGACUGCCGCGAAUCACUGGCAGGAUGUGCGCCAUUUGUCCCUGACUGUCCCUGAAGCAGUGUCCUACGUUCCUGGAGAUAUGCUAUCCAUCACCCCGAAGAACUUCGCCGUCGACGUGGACAAUCUCAUCACGAUGAUGGGCUGGGAGGCAGAUGUCGAUCGGCCGGUGACACUCGUCCCUGGGCCGACAUUACUCUCGGCAGACGACGAGGAUAUGCCUUCUCCGCCUAUUCAGGGUCUCGACUCAUAUCCCAAACUGACCUUACGCGCUCUCCUUACCGACUACCUCGACAUUCAGGCCAUUCCUCGCCGAGCGUUCUUCGCUACAGUGGCUCAUUACACGGAUUACGAAAUGCACAAGGAGCGUCUUCUGGAGUUCACCAACCCCGAGUUCCUGGACGAACUGUGGGAUUAUACCACUCGGCCGCGACGCAGCAUCCUGGAGGUGUUGCACGAGUUCGACUCGGUGAAGAUUCCAUGGCAGCAUGCGGUCUCGGUGUUUCCAAUCAUGAGAGCGAGACAAUUCAGUAUUGCCAGCGGGGGCGCCCUCAAGCAUACAGCGGAGGGAGGCACGAAAUUCGAGCUGCUGGUCGCUAUCGUCAAGUAUCAGACAGUCAUCAAGCGCAUUCGACAGGGGGUCUGCACCCGGUAUCUAUCGGUGCUUCAACCCGGAAGUACACUUCAAGUGCAGUUGCAGCGUGGGGGCCUCAACUCAUCGGUCAAUCAACUAGUGGGACCGACGGUCUUGAUUGGCCCUGGAACUGGAAUCGCGCCCCUGCGAUCGAUGAUCUGGGAGAAGGCCGCGAUCGUCAAGGCGUACAAGGAAGAAAACCCUGGAGUUGAGCCCCCGAUCGGGCCAACUCUGCUCGUGUAUGGAGGUCGCAACAGAGAGGCGGAUUUCUUCUUCGAACAAGAGUGGGAGGAGCUGGGUGAGCUGGUCCGCUUGAAGGUCCUGACUGCGUUCUCGCGAGACCAGACGCAGAAGGUCUACGUUCAGAAUGUGAUCCGCGAGAAUGUCGGCCUCCUCUUUAAACUCCUGCAUGACAUGCGUGGCUCGGUGUACGUAUGCGGAUCCUCUGGGAAUAUGCCCAAAGCCGUGCGGCAGGCCCUCACUGAGGCAUUUCAGCACGGACCGGAGGUGGAGACUGAUCGGUUCAAUGAACAGGGCGCCGAGCAGUAUCUGCUGGGGAUGGAGAAGACAGGCCGACCAAUCCCUACUAAACAGGUCAAACCCCGCGUGAACAAAGCCAACACCGGCGUGGAGACGGCCGGCGUCAAGCACUCGCUCAACCCCUUCGAUGAGCUCUCGGUCGAGGAGGCCGUGCGCCUGCGCGAGCGGCACACCAAGAAGCAGAGCCCGAUCAAGGUGGACCAGAUCCUGGCGCUGUCGGCGGGCGGCCCCAAGUGCGCGGACACGCUGCGCACGGCGAUGGCGAUGGGCGCGGACCGGGCCUUCCACGUCGACGUGGGCGACAGCCCGGACGGCGGGCCGGAGCCCCUGACCGUGGCCAAGAUGCUGCAGGCGGUGGUGAAGCAGGAGAACAUCAACCUGGUGCUGCUGGGCAAGCAGGCGAUCGACGGCGACCAGGGCCAGACCGGCCAGAUGCUGGCGGGCCUGCUGGGCUGGCCGCAGGCGACCCAGGCCAGCAAGGUCGAAAUCAAGGACGAGAGCGGCACGGUCGAGGUCACACACGAGGUCGACGGCGGCGUCGAGACCCUGCGCGCGCAGCUGCCCAUGAUCAUCACGACGGACUUGCGGUUGAACGAACCCCGGUACGCCACGCUGCCGAACAUCAUGAAGGCGAAGAAGAAGCCCCUCGAGAAGAAGACGUUGGCCGACUUCGGCAUCGAGGAUAAGAAGCGGUUGAAGACGAUCAAGGUCACCGAACCUCCCGCUCGCCAGGGUGGUGGUAAGGUUGAGGAUGUGGACGGACUCAUCGGCAAGUUGAAGGAGCUGGAUGCUCUGUAA